AUGAUGUUUAAGGGGCUGCUUGAUUAUAUUGUUGGCAUGAAAGGCGCAGUGCAAGUUAUCCUGUCGGGAUGUGGUGAUAUUGUUAUCCUGUCGGGAUGUGGUGACAUUGGUAGCCUGUCGGGAUGUGGGCGUAAAGUUAUCCUGUCGGGAUGUGGUGAUAUUGUUAUCCUGUCGGGAUGUGGUGACAUUGGUAGCCUGUCGGGAUGUGGGGGUAUAGUUAUCCUGUCGGGAUGUGAUGACAUUGUUAUCCUGUCGGGAUGUGAUGGCAUUGUUAUCCUGUCGGGAUGUGGCGACAUUGUUAUCCUGUCGGGAUGUGAUGGCAUUGUUAUCCUGUCGGGAUGUGGCGACAUUGUUAUCCUGUCGGGAUGUGAUGCAAUUGUUAUCCUGUCGGGAUGUGGCGACAUUGUUAUCCUGUCGGGAUGUGAUGGCAUUGUUAUCCUGUCGGGAUGUGGCGACAUUGUUAUCCCGUCGGGAUGUGAUGGCAUUGUUAUCCUGUCGGGAUGUGGGGGUAUUGUUAUCCUGUCAGGAUGUGGUGGAUAUGCUAUCCUGUCGGGAUGUGGGGCAUUGUUAUCCUGUCGAGAUGGAUGUGAGGGCAUUGUUAUCCUGUCGGGAUGUGGUGGCAUUGCUAUCCUCUCGGGAUGUGGUGACAUUGCUAUCCUGUCGGGAUGUUGUGACAUUGUUAUCCUGUCUGGAUGUGGGGGCAUUGUUAUCCUUUCGGGAUGUGGUGGCAUUGCUAUCCUGUCGGGAUGUGGUGGCAUUGCUAUCCUGUCGGGAUGUGGAAACGUUGUUAUUCUGUCGGGAUGUGGUGACAUUGUUAUCUUGUCGGCAUGUGGAGGCAUUGUUAUCCUGUCGGGAUGUGAUGGCAUUGUUAUUCAGUCGGGAUGUGAUGGCAUUGCUAUCCUGUCGGGAUGUUGUGGCAUUGCUAUCCUGUCGGGAUGUAGUGGCAUUGCUAUCCUGUCGGGAUGUGGUGGUAUUGCUAUCCGGUUGGGAUGUGGUGUUAUUGCUAUCCUGUCGGGAUGUGGUGGCAUUGCUAUCCUGUCGGGAUGUGGUGGCAUUGCUAUCCUGUCGGGAUGUGGAGACGUUAUUCUGUCGGGAUGUGGUGACAUUGUUAUCUUGUCGGCAUGUGGAGGCAUUGUUAUCCUGUCGGGAUGUGAUGGCAUUGUUAUUCAGUCGGGAUGUGAUGGCAUUGCUAUCCUGUCGGGAUGUUGUGGCAUUGCUAUCCUGUCGGGAUGUAGUGAUAUUGCUAUCCUGUCGGGAUGUGGUGGUAUUGCUAUCCGGUUGGGAUGUGGUGUUAUUGCUAUCCUGUCGGGAUGUGGUGGCAUUGCUAUCCUGUCGGGAUGUGGUGGCAUUGCUAUCCUGUCGGGAUGUGGAGACGUUAUUCUGUCGGGAUGUGGUGACAUUGUUAUCUUGUCGGCAUGUGGAGGCAUUGUUAUCCUGUCGGGAUGUGAUGGCAUUGUUAUUCAGUCGGGAUGUGAUGGCAUUGCUAUCCUGUCGGGAUGUGGUGGCAUUGCUAUCCUGUCGGGAUGUAGUGGCAUUGCUAUCCUGUCGGGAUGUGGUGGCAUUGCUAUCCUGUCGGGAUGUGGUGGCAUUGCUAUCCUGUCGGGAUGUGGUGGCAUUGCUAUCCUGUCGGGAUGCAGUGGCAUUGCUAUCCUGUCGGGAUGUGGUGGCAUUGCUAUCCUGUCGGGAUGUGGUGGCAUUGCUAUCCUGUCGGGAUGUGGUGGCAUUGCUAUCCUGUCGGGAUGUAGUGGCAUUGCUAUUCUGUCGGGAUGUGGUGGCAUUGCUAUCCUGUCGGGAUGUGGUGGCAUUGCUAUCCUGUCGGGAUGUGGUGGCAUUGCUAGCCUGUCGGUAUGUGAUGGCAUUGUUAUCCUGUCGGUAUGUGAUGGCAUUGUUAUCCUGUCGGUAUGUGAUGGCAUUGUUAUCCUGUCGGUAUGUGGUGGCAUUGCUAGCCUGUCGGUAUGUGGUGGCAUUGCUAGCCUGUCGGUAUGUGGUGGCAUUGCUAGCCUGUCGGUAUGUGGUGGCAUUGCUAUCCUGUCGGGAUGUGGUGGCAUUGCUAGCCUGUCGGUAUGUGGUGGCAUUGCUAGCCUGUCGGUAUGUGGUGGCAUUGCUAUCCUGUCGGGAUGUGGUGGCAUUGCUAUCCUGUCGGGAUGUGGUAGCAUUGCUAUCCUGUCGGGAUGUGGUGGCAUUGCUAUCCUGUCGGGAUGUGGUGGCAUUGCUAUCCUGUCGGGAUGUGGUGGCAUUGCUAGCCUGUCGGUAUGUGAUGGCAUUGUUAUCCUGUCGGUAUGUGAUGGCAUUGUUAUCCUGUCGGGAUGUGGUGGCAUUGCUAUCCUGUCGGGAUGUGGUGACCUCGUUAUCCUGUCGGGAUGCGGUGGCAUUGCUAUCCUUUCGGUAUGUGAUGGCAUUGCUAUCCUGUCGGGAUGUGGUGGCAUUGCUAUCCUGUCGGGAUGUGGUGACCUCGUUAUCCUGUCGGGAUGCGGUGGCAUUGCUAUCCUUUCGGUAUGUGAUGACAUUGCUAUCCUGUCGCGGUCUGUCAGCAGGGAAGAUUCAUACAGAUCAAGGCGCUCCAGUAAGAAAAAGAAGCAUCGUUCUCGCUCCCGUUCUCGCUCUAGAUCAUGUGGCGGAGUCAUUAAAACAAUACAAGUAGGAUACAGCACAACAUUAACGCCGUCAACAAUUAAAAUAUUUGGAAAAAUUCCAGUUAUUAUCCGAUUGUUAUGGGACUUGUUUUAA